GCUGGCGACUCUGUCCUCGUCAGCCGAAUUAAGGUCCUUAUUUCAAAAUGUGGAUGUUUGUGCUUUUCCUCACCUCGCUUGUUGCUUAUUGUCACGGGUACUAUGUAGUAGUAGAUGCUAAUUCGGAAGAGUGCUUUUUUGAUCGGGUUGCCAGUGGUAGCAAGCUCACGCUUCACUAUGAAGUUGCUGAGGGUGGUUUCCUUGAUAUAGAUGUUAAUGUUUACAAUCCUAGUGGGGCUAAAGUUUUUGAGUCUCUCAGGAAAUCCAAUGGAAGGCCUGAAUUUGCUGCAAACGAAGCUGGUGAGUACAAGUAUUGCUUUGGAAAUCGGAUGAGCUCUAUGACACCGAAAGUUGUACUUUUUGAAAUGGCUAUAGAAGAAGACCAAUUGAAAGUAAAUGAAACUGACGAUGAGGAGCACAAAAAGCUUGUAACAAUGGUUAAUGAGUUAUCACACUCCAUCUCUGGGGUCAAGUUAGAAAUGGAAUAUGUUUCUGUUAGGACUCAAGUACACUGGGAAAUUAAUAAGAAUACCAAUUUUCGCGUGGUUGUUUGGGCUGCGUUUGAAGCAUUUCUAAUCAUAGCCAUGAGUAUCGGCCAAGUUUUCUAUCUCAAACGUUUCUUUGAAGUUCGGAGAUUAGUUUAAUUUACAAAUCAUCUUUGUUUUGUAACUAACUCAUAGUGCUUCCACUAUUUUUAGGGCUUAACCGUUUAUGGUUGUACAGUAUACAGAACUUUUCAUUCCUAUUCGUAACUGUGUUAUUUUUCUUUCUGCUUAUUGAUCUCUGAGUACACCUGUUAUAUUAUAAUUCAGUCACUGUUGUGCUCGUAUUGGUAUGCUCUUGCCUACAUUAACUCUAAAUUCAGUGAUUUUGUUUCUCUCGGUUUCCCUUUUGUUUUAUUUAUAAAUUGGUACGUGGUUGCUUGUGAAUUGUCAAUAUGACUUAUAAUAGACUUCUCAUUCUUAUUCAGAACACAGCCGGCGCAAUAAUCUUAGUAUUGCUAGGAAUAAAUAAUGUAACCGUGGUUUAUGCUAUAAUACUUCGAUAUUUAGUGUGAACAGUAUUAGAUCAAUAAUAUUUUCGAAACAUGUUUUGUUUCACUAUAGAUUACGAGUUUUGCCCUCCAACUAGAUUGAAAUCCGCACUACAUUAAGUCGGUUUAACUAAAGUCCAACCAAUUUUUGCUCCAGCGCUCUCUAAUUGGUGAAUUAUUUUCUCUAGUCUAUUAUGUGCUAUAUUCUCAGCAGUCCAUUGUAUUUUUCCCAAUAGAAAACUGCCCAUUUAAUAUAGCUUUUGACUUGUUACCUAAAGUUUGCUCGAAUAAUGAAUAUUUCUUGUACUAGUAGCUGUCUGUAUUGUUUACAUAUUAUUAUCAACUAUAGCUACAUAGUAGUUAGACUGAACAAAGAAAAUCAGUGUAUAAUAAGAC